UAUUGUAUUGGAAUUUGUAAUGUAAACUGUAAACUCACUAAAGUCAUACAUUUUAUUUUUGAAAUAACACAAUAGUUAUGUACCUAUAUAGACUGCGUAUUAUUUACUAUAGUUCCAAAAUUGUUGAGUUAUAAAUCUUACUAUCUUAGUUAAUCUACAUUUUACAAACCGAUCGUCGACUGACAUAAAUUUUAAGGGUUUUCUGGAAACUAAUUUCAUAAAGUAACCAUCUAGAAGUUCAUUGCGUGUUGCACCGUGCUACAUAAUGUCGCGCAACGAUGAUAAAGUCAACAGUGACGAUAAUUCAGUUGCUGUUAAUGCAGUUGUGAACUCCGGUGACUGCAGCACCAUGAAUAAUCCAAAUACAAAAACAGCUAACAUGGCGAAAAGUACUCCCAACAAUUUGGAAAGAAAUAUUAUGGUAGCGAAUAAUUCAAAAAUGCCCGAAUCCAAACCUACAGUCCGCAAAAGUGUGGUAGCGAAAGCAAUAGAGUUUUUGGUACUCGAAUCAGUACAAAAAAUGCCUGCUGAAAGAAAAAUUAACUUCUUAAGUAAAAAAGGAUUAACUGAUGUUGAGAUCCAGUAUUCAAUUCAGAGAGCAGCGAUGAUCUGUUAUGAUAAUCAAAGUCUUAAUAAACAAAAUCCACCAUACGUUUAUAACAAUUCAUCAAAUUCUCCUGGUACUAUACAAACAUCAUUUGAAUCGCAGAGCUGGUACAGUCGUCUUUUUGGACCAAUAGCUUUUGCUGCCGCGGUAGUAUACAUUGGCUAUAAGUUGUAUAAAAAAUAUAUAGAAAGCUGGCUCUUUGGAGCUCAAAAAUCUCCAUUAGAAAAUCGUUUGGAAACAAUAGAACUGUCAGUCCAAAGGUGUAUAAUGAUGUUAGAAGAAAAAGACAAUUUACUCAAAUCAUCAAAUACAUAUGCCGAUCGGCAAAAAGAAUUCAAUAUUCAAGUUCGUGCUGAACUAAAGUCUAUUAAAAGUUUACUCCUCAAUAGAUUCCAAUUUCCUCCAGCUCCUGCAUCUUCCAGUAUACCUGAAUGGCAACUAUUAAAAAAUACUAAAUCACAAGUAGAACAGCAAGAUAAGAUCAACAACAGUGACGUACCAAAUUCAUUACAAACGAGUGAAAAGAAUAUACUUAAUGAGACUCAAAAAAACCCAGUAGUUGGUUUUCAAUUAAAUGGUCUUAUUGGUAGUGAUAACGAUAAGGAUUGCAUAAUAAUUAACUCUACGUCCAAUGAAACACCAUUACCAACAAAUUCUAAUCAAAAUCUAAUUACACCUAAAGAUAUGGAUGAUGAAAAUGAUAAUGAACAUAUUGAGAAUAAUGAAGGUAUAAAUAAAUGACGUGAAAUGUUUGAAUGUGAAAAAUAUAUUUUUCAACUUAUUUUCAACUUUAAAGUAUGAAAAUCAUUAUAAAUCAGAUUAUUAAAAAAGAUUCUUGAUA